UCUUCAUCCUAUCUAUGCUUUUGCCGUGGCACUUGAGAGGACGAGCAACUCUGAUUUUACGUUACUUUCUCGGGCAUUUCGAAUUUGUAUCUCAUCCACCCGCCACGGCGGCGCUGUUGGCAUGACAGUCCGGACGCUUGCAAGGUGACGCGCGAUUCGCCCCCCGUGAAAAUUCUUGCGAGGAGCACUUUCAUGGCAUCCGACAAAUAUUCAAGAGACGACCUAGACGAUCUGGGCGCGCAGGAUGAAGGCAAAGGCAGAGGUCGCGCCAGCCGCUUCAGUCGCUCGCAGACGUUCGACUUCAUCCGGGAGUAUCGGCGGCACGAGUGUCUGUGGAAUGUCGGCAUCACGGAGUACAAUGAUAAGGCACUCCGCAGCAUGGCGCUAAGGCAGAUGGCCAAGGAGUUCCGGCUGCCACUGGAGGCCGUGAAGAAGAAGAUUCACGCUCUGCGCUCCACGUACUUGCAGAUGCGCGACCGCGUGAGUAACGUGGAGAACCAGGAGCCUACGCUGUCGUGGUACUACGAGAUGGAGUUCCUGGAUCCCGUGAUCACGCCACGGAAGCCCAUGGAGUUGAAGAGGAUUCGCGCGCGCGGCCCGCGGAAGCGCUCGCGCGAGGAACUCGAGGCAUCGCCAGAGGAGGACGAGCAGCCCGAGAUGGUGCUGAAGAUGGAGGAUCUGGCGUACGACGAGAACGCCGUGUCGGAGCAGGAGGAGGUGUACAUUGAGUAUAUCGAGCAGGGCCGCGAGGAGAGCUGUGAGCACGAGGCGGAGCCAGACACAGUUUACACCAUCCCAGAGACUUCGGAGUCUCCCACGGUAGCGACUGUGGCGUCAACUGCCUCGUCGCAGGACGAAUUCGACGUGUUCGGCCAGAGCGUGGCGGCGCAGCUGAAGACAAUGCCACUGAAGCACGCGAUUCCGCUCAUGGGAAGCAUCCAGGCGCUCAUCUCAGAGUCCCGCAUCAAGUCAAUAACAUCAACGCAUAAAUAG